UUUUUUGCCCACUUCGAACCUACAGCUAUGUAGAUAGGUACCCUUUGCGACUCAAUAGCACUCCUUUGGCGCAAUCAGAACAACGAUUGACCCAUUCUCGAGCUUCAAACCCGCUGUUUCCAAGCUUCAAACGUCUCUCCCGAAUCACCACCUACCUACUUUACCUUUGCUACCUGAAACCCUUGAAGCCCGGUCAAUUUGCGACAGCGACUACCACAGCUCAGGGCAAACCACGACUCUUGUCCCUCCGCCGCGCUGACCGGAAUGCCCAGCUGGAAUAGCGACCCCAUCGCAGCGGUGGGGUGCUCCACCUGAAUCUGGCAGGCGGUCGUGUUUUGCCCGUUAAUCAAGCAGGCUGAGUCGAGAAAUUUCAGGGCCGUCCUCAGUGUCAGUCAGCGCCAACAUCCCAUAAUAUCGCCGGCCGUCCUCUCGCUUUGCUGUGUUUUCCUCGCAACUUCUUUCCCACAGCACCCCAUACUUACAGCAUGGCCGGCAAGAAGAAGACAAAGAAGCCGGCCGCGAACCCGGCUCGCGGCUUUGCGACCACUUCCAUCGCAUCCAAGCCCAGAGCAGACCCCGCCGAAGCUGCCGCCGACACCCCGGCCGGCAAAGGUGACGAUGCCGCCGCCCCGCCAGCCGCUGACGCAAAAGAUGCCCCGCAAGCCGCCGGCACCACCAACACGACCAACGCACCCAAAGCGAAGGAACUCAGUCCCGAAGAAUUCGAGCGCCAGUUGGAGGAGUCGGCUUUGCAAAUAUUGGUGGACAAAUACGCGGCCAAAGUCAGAAGAGAUGCCCAGAGAAUCAAAACUCGCCUCGAGACAGACAGACGGAUCCUGCGCGGACAGGCCGAGACCAUCAACACCAGGAAAUGGCUUCCCCAAGAGCUGAUGGACCAUGUUCUGGAUUUGAUUCAAGCAGAGGCCCGAUUCGCUGCGUCGAGCGUCACAUCAGAGGGCGCAACUAGUAGACUACCUCCUGAGGAAGACCUCAUCAUCAAGCUAUGGACCCUCCAGCAAACAUUGGAGAACACCGACUUUCCCAAGGAUAGAGUACAGCCCGCGCUCCAAUUCGCUCUCGACAUUGCGCCAAACAUCUCGCCCAAUGUCAAGAGUGAUUCUAUCUGGGGUCUGGAGGAGAUUUUAGACUGGCUGGCCAGGGAAUGCUCCAAGGCCGAGCUGCCAGACUACAGUGGACGGAAACCAGGCUCGGGCAAGGCACAAGGAGACAUCAGCGCUGAUUCUCCCCUGCCUUCUGGCGCGACCACGCCCUUUGACCUCGAACCCCGCCGCGGACAAAAGGGCAAGAAUGGUGCACCUGAUCGAUCCCGUCAACCGUCGCCCAAGAAAUCGAACGUAACAUACGAUGAGGAUAUCGAGCCUGACCAACUGCUGCCCUUGUACCUCGAGACACAGGAGAAACUGUUCGAGAUUCGGCGCCCGCGGCAAGAUGUGGCCAAAGGCAAGGGUGGUGCCAAGGGAAACACUGUGGCGGACCCAGAAGAGGCUCUUUGCUUGGCCAAGCUCGACAGGAUCGAAAAGGAUGUGCUCUUUGACAAGUAUGUGGCCGAGCAGCAAUGGAGAGACAAGAAAAUUGCUCUCGAAAAGGACUACGCGACAGCCAAGGCGGAGGCAAAGAAGAAACAGGCCGAGGAGGAACCCGCUCCUGCGCCAACAGCCGAGACAGACGAUAUCAACGAAGAAGCGGAACGUAUUGCCGCUGAGAUUCUGGCCGAACAGGAUGAUGACGAGGACGGUGCUCUGGCCGAUCUCUUUGCUAGCUUACCAGUGAAUGAGGUUGACCCACUGACUGGAAAGUCCAACACUGUCAUGAACGGCGCAGAUGGCUCGAAAGUAACCAUCAGGGACUUUGGGAAGUGGACUGGCGUGAGCCCAAUACGGGUUCUGGAGGAGGCGUGCCGCUCGAGGGACUCAUCUGUGAGGAUAUCAUACCAUGUUCUCUCCGAUAUUGCCUUUGCGAACCGACAUGCAGUCAAGAUUGUCUGGUCCAAACCUCAAGAGAUCCCUCCUCCGCCUGAAAGCACCGAGAUUGAGGUCUUUAUGUCGCCAACGCAGUUUGUCUACAAGAUGAUCUCCAUCUCUACUUCCGACUUGAAACAGUCUGAAGCCUACAUUGCCACAACCGCCCUGUUUUGCAUCUUUGGAUCCUCGGGCAAGGAGGAAAAGGUGGCCCUCCGGCUGCCUGCCACUUGGAAGGAUCUCUGGUCAGAAAUGGCCGAGGCCAAGAAGAACAAGGCGGACGGGCUGGACCGCGACGCCCUCAGACAUCUCCGGGAUAUGGUUCGCACUAGAAUGGAGCAGGAACUGGAGGAUGGUGUCUUGAUUCAGGGCUUCAAGGGGCGUGGCCAGAGCAAGAACCUGACGGACUCGGAUCAGUCCGACAAUGAACGGGUCAAGCGACAAUCAUUUGAUCCCGAGUAUUAUCGAAAUAUCUGGUUGCAAAAAGCACAAACCCCUCGGUUUCAAGUUAUGCUGCAGUCAAGAGUACAGCUGCCCAUGUGGCAGUUCCGAGAGCAAGUGGUCAACGCCGUCGAGCAGAAUCAGGUGGUGAUUGUGUGCGGUGAGACUGGUUGCGGCAAAAGCACGCAGGUCCCCUCGUUUCUUCUCGAAGACCAGCUCAUGAAGGGCAGGCCGUGCAAGAUUUACUGCACAGAGCCUCGUCGUAUCUCGGCCCUCUCGCUGGCCAAGCGCGUCAGUGAGGAGCUGGGAGAGAACAAGGGCGAUUUGGGAACUUCUCGGUCCUUGGUCGGUUACUCGAUCCGUCUCGAGUCCAACACUUGCCGGGAGACGCGGCUUGUGUAUGCCACGACUGGUAUAGUCAUGCGCAUGCUCGAGAGCUCCAACGACCUUCAAGAGAUCACGCAUCUGGUCCUUGAUGAGGUCCACGAGCGUUCCAUCGACAGCGAUUUCCUCUUGAUUGUCUUGAAGAAGCUGCUGAUUCGAAGAAAGGACCUCAAGGUGGUGCUCAUGUCGGCCACGGUGGAUGCUGAGCGGUUCUCCAAGUACUUGAGCGGCGCGCCGGUUCUUACCGUUCCUGGCCGGACGUUCCCGGUUAGUGUUGCGUAUCUGGAAGAUGCCGUCGAGUUGACUGGGUAUUCUCUUGACACGAGACCGGCAAAGGAGAAGUUCACCGAUUUGGAUGAUGAUGUCGAGGCUGAGAUUGACAACUCGUCCAAACCUGAACUCAUCAAAGCGCUCCGGCAGUACUCGCCCCGUACCCGCAAUACCCUGGCGGCGAUGGACGAGUAUCAGAUCGACUUUGACCUGGUGCUUCAGCUGAUCUCGAGGAUUGCGGUGGAUCCGAAUUACACAGAUUUCAGCAAGGCCAUCUUGGUCUUCUUGCCGGGUAUUGCCGAGAUUCGCACCCUCAACGAUAUGCUGCUGGGUGAUAAGUUCUUUGCGGAGAAUUGGCUGGUUUACCCCUUGCACUCGUCUAUUGCCACGGAGGAGCAGGAGGCGGCCUUUUUGGUGCCGCCGCCGGGUGUUCGCAAGAUUGUCCUGGCGACCAAUAUUGCCGAGACGGGUAUCACGAUCCCUGAUGUGACGUGUGUCAUUGACACGGGCAAGCAUCGCGAGAUGCGCUUCGACGAGAGACGGCAGCUUUCCCGUCUGAUUGACACGUUCAUCUCCCGCGCCAACGCGAAGCAGCGUCGCGGUCGUGCUGGUCGUGUGCAGGAGGGUCUGUGUUUCCACAUGUUUACCAAGUACCGCCACGACAAUAUCAUGAGCGAUCAGCAGACCCCCGAGAUGCUGCGGCUGUCGCUGCAGGAACUUGCGAUUCGGGUCAAGACGUGCAAGAUCGGUGGGAUCGAGGAGACAUUGGGCGAGGCGUUGGAUCCCCCUUCAGCAAAGAACAUUCGGAGGGCUAUCGAUGCCUUGGUGGAUGUUCGUGCCUUGACGGCCUCGUCUGAGGAGCUGACACCGCUCGGUCUGCAGCUUGCCCGUCUACCUCUUGAUGUCUUCCUCGGGAAACUCAUCCUGCUGGGCUCCAUCUUCAAGUGCCUCGACAUGACCGUCACGGUGGCGGCGAUCCUGUCGUCCAAAUCCCCCUUUAUCGCCCCCUUUGGCCAGCGCAGCCAAGCCGACACUGUCCGCCGCGGCUUCCGCAAGGGCGACUCGGACCUGUUGACCGUCUACAACGCCUACUCGGCCUGGAAGCGUGUCUGCCAGUCUUCGGCGAGCAGCGGGGCAGAGUACCAGUUCUGCCGCAAGAACUUUUUGUCGCCGCAGACGCUGGCCAACAUUGAGGACCUCAAGGGCCAGCUCAUCACUUCGGUGGUGGACUCUGGCUUCUUGCAGCUGACGGCCGAGGAGAGGCAGGCGCACAACCGGUUGCGGUUUGGCGGGCGGAGGAGGAGGAGCGGGCAGGUGUUUUUUGAGAUACCGAAGAGGGUGGACGGCAACAGCGACAAUGAGGUUGUGGCGCAGAGCGUGAUCGCGUGGAGCUUUUACCCCAAGCUGCUGGUUAGGGAGGGGAAGGGGUGGAGGAACGUGGGGAACAACCAGGCGAUCCAGCUGCAUCCUAGCAGUGUGAAUAAGGGGGGUGGGAAUGGGGAGGUGAAGUGGAUGAGUUAUUAUCAUAUUAUGCAGAACAAGCAGUUCUUGAACGCUCAUGAGACGACGGCUGUGGACCCGUUUGCUGUUGCGCUGCUUUGUGGGGAUGUCCGCGCGGAUUUGUACUCGGGGGUUUUGGUGCUGGAUGGGAACCGGGCGAGGUUUGCGGUGCCGGAUUGGAAGACCAUGUUGGUUAUGAAGGUGCUGAGGGCGAGGCUCAGGGAGAUGCUGGCCAGGUGUUUUAAGAGUCCGGGGAGGCUGGUAACGGCGCAGCAGGAGAGGUGGUUGGAGGUUUGGCAGAGGAUUUUUGGGCUGGCGUGGGAGGUGAGGGAGAGGGAGAGGGAGAAGGGUGGUGGUGGUGUUGCUGGGGGGAAGGAGUUGAGGUAGGAUGUGGAUUGAGUUGGGAUGGGUUGGGAUUGGGUAGAUCUGGGGAGGAGUUGUGUAUUAUGGGUGUAGCAUGUGUAAAGGUAGCGGGAUAAAGACGAGAUGUCAUGUGGGUGUGAGGUGCAUCAAGUCAGUAUGGCCAAGCCAGAUUCACUCUACGAUUGCUCCCCCGCGGUUUGAAGUCUGGGAAAGGUGGUGUACAUCUGCCUGCUCUCUCUGCCCUUCAUGUUGAUCGUUUAGACCGUCCUCUCUCCUCAAGAUGAAAGCAUUUACGUUCAGGAUUGGAACCUCGGUGGUAUCCAAUCAAAGAUAUCGAGAAUCGAUGCAAGAAUCACCCUGCCCUUGUUACCUUCACCUCCUCCCUCUUUUUCUGGGAGUUCUCACGUGUAGUGAUGGUACGUCUCUUCUUUUAGCAAUCCACGACCCCCUCGGGUAACGCUAUGAUAGGCCUCAUCUAGGUGAAACACGAGGUAGCGAUCAGAAUGGGCAUCAAAACAGAUGGGGUAGGCAGGUAGGAAUGGAAAGGCCAGAGAUGGUGAUGAAUAGACUGCGGGGGAAGAUCGAUUUAUCAGAUUAGCUCUGGGGGGAG